UGAUUUGCUGGUAACAUUGUUGAGCUGCACAGAUUACUGUUCGAUUUGAAAGCGCUCCUCCCUCACCGCUUUUUCGAACUCCCUCCAUGACUCCAGCCACUGGGUGGUAGGAAAGACAACUUUUCUUGUUUUGUCGGUUGUUGUUGAUCAUGAUGAAGAAGAAGCAUUUCCGUCCGCCAUAUUGCAGUGAUACAGCGAGAUUUCCCAUUUGUCUCAGCAAGUUGAAGAGUUCGUGUUUUCUUGUUAACUGCCAUAAUGUUUGCACAAGUUUAUGGAGAUAAUGGAAAAAUGAAGGAGUAUCACUAUUCUGGACCAGUAGAGCACCGAUUCUCUCCAUAUUCCUUCAACGGAGGGACUGUGCUUGCCGUUGCAGGUGAAGACUUCGCCAUUGUGGCCUCAGACACGCGUUUGAGUGAAGGCUAUUCAAUCCACAGUCGUGACUCUCCAAAAUGUUACAAAUUAACAAAUACGACUGUCAUAGGCUGCAGUGGAUUCCAUGGGGAUUGCUUGACUCUGACCAAAAUCAUUGAUGCAAGAUUAAAGAUGUACAAGCAUUCAAACAACAAGAGCAUGACAAGAGCCAUCGCAGCCAUGCUGUCAACUAUCCUGUACGGUAGAAGAUUCUUCCCCUACUACGUUUUACAACAUCAUCGGUAA